AUGCUGAACCUGAGUGUCUUUCAGGUCAUGGACUCAGCCAGCGGUUUGUCUCUGCUGGGCUUCAAGCAGCUUUCGGUCUGCCUGGUGGACUGUAUGAAGACUCCGGGAGUCCUGAGACCAGAGCCCAAAGACUCAUCUGGAGACCUCUCAGCCCUCACUCAAAUGGAUCUGUCCAUGUCAUUGGUGGAAUGCAUGAAAACUCCAGGACUAAAUGGUGACAGUGACCAUCUGAAUCAUAACACCUUGGAGCUCAAGCUGAAACAGGAGGAUGAGCAGUUGGAGAGAGAGUAUGACUACCUGAAGCUGGAGCAGCAGGACACGGAUGCUGGAACUGAUGGCACACUCUUGGUGUUUGAGGAGAACGACGGUGGCACAGAAGGGACGGCGUGGCUCAUACAGUGCCCUGAACUAUUGGAGUCCCUCAAAACAGCCAUGCUGGGUGCCAGUUCAGUGGUGCGUCAGGAGGAAGUCGAUGCAACCUCACACCAAAGUCAGAAAGAUAACACUAUAUUAGACAGAAUGGAGACGAAUCAACAAGACACUGAAGCAGAGGAAGAAGCUGACGAUGUGGAUGUGGAAACCCCUGAGACUGAGUCUGGAGACCAAACCGAGAUUAGCCAACAGGAUGUUGCACCCGGACUCCUGCGCCAUCAGUGUGAGCUCUGUGGGAAGUCCUUCGCAAGGAAGAGCAACGUCAUCCGACACCAGCAGCACAACUGCAGCAGAACAAGAACUACAGCAGAUUUAGAGCAGACGGAGCAGGAGAGGUUUUCCUGCCGCAAAUGCAGCCUUACAUUUGACACUAAAUGUGGUUUGAAGCUGCAUAAACUGUGUCACAAAGAGAACAGUGAAAACCACGAGGUUAAAGAAACUGAGGUUCAGCGAGAGAGGCCUCACACCUGCAUGCAGUGCAAUAAGAGCUUCUAUGUGUUCUACACCUUGCGGCAGCAUCUCCUCACUCACACUAGGGAGAAAUCCUACCACUGUGAGGUCUGCGGGAAACAGUUUGGGAGGGAAGGAACUCUGAAGGAGCACAUGCUGAUCCAUACAGGGGACAAACCUUAUAAAUGUGACCAGUGUGGCAAGACCUGUGCCAGGCGUGGGGACCUCAGAAUACACAUGCUCAGCCAUUCUGAGGAGAGACCACACAACUGCAGCCACUGUGCGAAAAGCUUCAAACAGCUUACGAAACUGAAGAAGCACGAGCGAAUCCACACGGGGGAGAAACCAUACCAGUGUCAGCUUUGUGCAAAGAAGUUUAGACUGCGGCAGACACUGGUUUCACACAUCCGCACGCACACUGGAGAGCAACCAUUCAAGUGCAGCUUCUGCCCCAAGGCUUUCAGUAUUAGGAGUAACUUGAGGAAGCACCAGAUGAUACACACUGGGGAGAAGCGAUUUUGCUGUUCACACUGCAACAAAAGUUUCCGACUGCAGCAGCACCUGAUAUUCCACGAACGGGGCCACAGGGGGGAGAAACCAUACAAGUGUGACAAGUGUGGAAAAGGUUACUGUCAUCCAUCAACAUUAAAAACACACCUAUCGGCUCAUGAAAAGAAACCACCACAUUGCUCCCUGUGUAGGCAGGAAUUCACAGAGCAAAAGGAGUUAGCCAAUCACAAGUGCUGCCAGACAGCAGAAAAACCACACCGCUGUUCUCAGUGUGGAAAGUGUUUUUCCCAAGCUGUGAAUAUGAAGAAACACCAGCUGAUCCACUCAGGGGAGAAACCUUAUGUGUGUAAAGAAUGUGGGAAGCAGUUCAACCACAAUGGCAACCUCACCAAGCACAUGCGCAUCCACACCGGUGAGAGGCCCUUUGAGUGUGAACUCUGCAAGAGGCGCUUCAGGCUCCUGCAGCACCUCACAAAUCACAGAUUAACUCAUAACAAGAAAAAAUAG